GCGAGGCUAGAGGUAUGCACAUGAAAAAUUUUCAAUCCGGCUAAGGUUGUGGUCGCAAAAAUCCAUUCAAAGUGUCCAACCAAAACGUCAACAUCAUAGAUCGGGCCUUUGCAUCAGUCGCCCGCUCCCAUUGAUUCGCUUAAAAGAUGGUCGUGAGAGAGUACAAUGAUGAACUCAAGUACCUUGAGAGAAUUGACGCAAACUCAUGGAGAAUCAAAAAGGGUUUUCAACCGAAUAUGAAUGUAGAGGGAGUAUUUUACGUAAAUUCUGCAUUGGAAAAGCUGAUGUUUGAUGAACUACGUAACUCUUGCAGACCAGGCAUGGUUGGUGGCUUUUUGCCAGGAGUGAAACAGAUUGCUAAUGUUGCUGCACUCCCUGGCAUUGUACAUCGCUCUAUUGGUUUACCUGAUGUUCACUCAGGAUAUGGGUUUGCUAUUGGUAAUAUGGCAGCAUUCGAUAUGAAUGAUCCAUUGUCUAUUGUUUCGCCUGGUGGGGUUGGCUUUGACAUUAACUGUGGAGUACGCCUCUUAAGGACGAAUCUGUUUGAGAAAGAUGUUCAGCCUGUGAAAGAGCAACUUGCUCAGAGUAUGUUUGAUCAUAUUCCUGUUGGAGUCGGCUCGAAGGGAAUCAUCCCAAUGACUGCAACAAACCUUGAAGAAGCACUUGAAAUGGGAAUGGACUGGUCUCUCCGAGAAGGAUACAUAUGGGCGGAGGACAAAGAACACUGUGAAGAAUAUGGGAGAAUGCUCAACGCUGAUCCUUCUAAAGUCAGUAUGCGGGCCAAAAAGAGGGGUUUACCACAGCUUGGUACUCUAGGUGCUGGUAAUCAUUAUGCUGAAAUUCAAGUUGUGGAUGAAAUUUAUGACAAGUGGGCAGCAAGUAAGAUGGGCAUUGAGGAUAAAGGGCAGGUGUGUGUAAUGAUCCAUUCAGGUAGCAGAGGGUUUGGCCAUCAAGUAGCUACAGAUGCUUUAGUUCAAAUGGAAAAAGCUAUGAAAAGAGACAAUAUUGAAACAAAUGACCGACAGUUAGCUUGUGCCCGCAUCAAUUCUCAGGAGGGCCAAGACUACCUUAAAGCCAUGGCAGCAGCUGCAAAUUUUGCGUGGGUUAAUAGAAGCUCAAUGACUUUUUUGUCGAGACAGGCUUUUGCGAAGCAAUUCCACAUGACUCCUGACGACUUGGAUAUGCAUGUUAUUUAUGAUGUUUCUCACAAUAUAGCAAAAGUAGAAGAACACAUGGUAGAUGGCAAGCAAAAGACAUUGUUGGUUCAUAGAAAGGGAUCCACUAGAGCAUUUCCUCCUCACCAUCCUUUGAUACCUGUUGAUUAUCAAUUAACUGGCCAACCUGUUUUAAUUGGUGGAACAAUGGGUACUUGCAGUUAUGUCCUUACCGGAACAGAACAGGGAAUGCAACAAACCUUUGGAUCAACCUGUCAUGGAGCGGGCCGGGCUUUGUCAAGAGCCAAAUCUAGACGUAAUUUGGACUACACAGAGGUCUUAAGUAAAUUGCAACAACAAGGCAUUGCUAUCAGAGUUGCAUCAUUAAAGUUAGUUAUGGAGGAAGCCCCAGAGUCAUACAAAAAUGUAACAGAUGUGGUCGAUACCUGUCAUGCCGCAGGAAUAAGCAAAAAGUGCAUUAAGCUAAGGCCCAUAGCUGUUAUUAAAGGCUAGAUAAAGCAAAAUUCAAUUAGCAUUUAGCAAUAGACUUUCUACCUUUUGUUGUUGUUGUAUGAUACAACUUAUUUUUUGUUUCUUUUCUCAUUGUUAUUAUAUUUCUGGGAUUUACAUGCAAUGUUCAUGUGUGUUCGCCUGUUGGGUGUUUAAGUAUUGGACUGAAUUUGUCUAAUUCAUUUAUAGAAUUUUGAAAUAUUCAGGAAAUUUUCAUCCGUACUGUGUUGCACAUCUGUGGUUUUUUGUUUAUGUACCUGCUUUUCUGUAUGAAUAUGAAGCUUCAAUCAGGGAUUAUUCUUUAAUAAUCAGACCAGCGUCAGAAGCUGGCAAACUUGAGCUUAAGUAAAGAAAAGAAAUUAUGGUAAAGAAAAUGUGUUUUAAUAUUUAAGUUCAAUUUACAAAGCUAACAAAAUAAAUCAUAAGAAGCUA